GUGAGUGCCGCACCCUAAACCUAGUCUGAGUUUUUAUGUGUAAAGAUCAUAAAACGUUGUAAGUUUUCUAAAACACAUAAGCACUCAAUAAACGUUAGCUUUAUCAUUGUCACCUUUUUGUUGGUAAUGUUUGAAAACUCCGGCUGUGAUCCACUACUCUCAUGGGAUACUGUCUCUUUAACUCUGUGCCACAUUGUAUCCGGUGAGGUCUUGCGUUUUUCCGCCCCGCUGUAUCCCAUGGUUCCCCGUGCCUUCCGGCUACUACUGCUUACAGCCACGCCUCUUCCGCUGCGUGCCGGAUCAUGGCGCAGGGGCAACGCAAGUUCCAGGCGCGAAAGCCCGCAAAGAGCAAGACGGCAGCGGCGGCCUCUGAAAAGAAUCGGGGCCCGAGAAAAGGCGGUCGUGUUAUCGCUCCCAAGAAGGCGCGCGUCGUGCAGCAGCAAAAGCUCAAGAAGAACCUAGAAGUCGGGAUCCGGAAGAAGAUCGAACAUGACGUGGUGAUGAAAGCCAGCAGCAGCCUGCCCAAGAAGCUGGCACUGCUGAAGACCCCGGCCAAGAAGAAUGGGGCGGCUGCCACCACCUCCUCCAAGACACCUUCCUGAGGACGCUGGCCCCAGCGCAGGCCAACACCCCACCCCCUACCUCCGUGUUGGAUCUUACAAGUGAUCCCACAGGCUGCACUGUCAGGAAGAGGACCCCGUCCCCUAGCACUGGGCUUCACCUAGAACUUGAGUGGGGGCCAAGGGUGCUGAGAACCCAGCAAUGACCAGGAAGAUACAGUCACCAGCUUCAUCUGUCCCCAUGCCCCUUCCCAGCUCCUGCCUCCACAGGUUUAACCCAGAACAAUAAACCUGGCUUUGUCAUCCC